AUGCUAACACUUUAUCCUAUCAUCUUAGGACUUCUACUAUCGCUUGUAAAUGCUUUUUAUUUACCUGGUGUCGCACCAACCACCUAUCACCAAGGUGAUGAUAUUCCAUUAUUAGUUAAUCAUCUAUCACCAUCUGUUUAUUGGCAACAUGAAAAUGAGGAAGGUAAAAAGAUUGGUAAAGAACAAUAUCUUUAUUCAUAUGAUUAUUACUAUGAUAAAUUCCAUUUCUGUAAACCGGAAAAAAUUGAAAAACAACCAUCUUCAUUGGGUUCAGUUAUAUUUGGAGACAGAAUAUACAAUUCUCCUUACAAAAUUAAAAUGUUGGAAGAACAGACUUGUUCUCCACUUUGUAAAACCGUUAUUCCAAAGGAUGAUGCAAAAUUUAUUAAUAAAUUGAUUAAAAAUGGAUUUUUCCAAAACUGGUUAAUUGAUGGGUUACCAGCUGCAAGACUUGUUCAUGACCCAACUACUGAUUCCGACUAUUAUGGUACAGGUUUUGAAUUAGGAUACGUUAACAUUGUUCAAGGCCUUUCUACUGAAAAAAGAAAUGUUCAAUUAAAUGUCCGUGAUCCAAAAAAUGUUAAAAUGAUGAAAAAUAUAGAGAUUCCAUAUUUUGUUAACCAUCAUGAUAUCACAAUUGAAUAUCAUGAUCGUGGUGAAGGUAAUUUACGUGUUGUUGGUGUCACUGUCACACCUGUUUCCAUUAAACGUUCAUCUCCAGGUACUUGUGAAACUGAAGGCGAUCCAUUAGUGUUAAGUGAAGAUGAGGACAACGAAGUUUAUUUCACAUAUUCCGUUAACUUUGUAGAAUCUGAUACUGUUUGGGCUACUAGAUGGGAUAAAUAUCUUCAUACUUAUGAUCCAACUAUUCAAUGGUUUUCUUUAAUUAAUUUUUCCAUAGUUGUAUGCCUUUUAUCUGCUGUUGUUAUUCACAUGUUAUUAAAGGCUUUAAAAAAUGAUUUUGCUCGUUAUAAUGACUUGAAUCUAGAUAAUGAUUUCCAAGAAGAUUCUGGUUGGAAAUUAGUUCAUGGUGAUGUAUUCCGUAUUCCAACUAGAUCAAUGUUGUUAUCUAUUUUUGUUGGUUCCGGUUUGCAGUUAUUCUUAAUGAUUAUAGUUAGUAUUUUCUUUGCUGCUUUAGGUUUCCUUUCACCAAGCUCAAGAGGUUCUUUAGCCACUGUCAUGUUCAUGUUAUAUGCAUUAUUUGGAUUUGUCGGAUCUUAUACAUCAAUGGGUGUUUAUAAAUUUUUUGGUGGUCCUUAUUGGAAGGCUAAUUUAAUUUUGACUCCAAUAUUAGUUCCAGGUUUUAUUUUCUUAUGUAUUAUUGCAUUGAAUAUCUUUUUGUUAUGGGCUCAUUCUUCAGGUACAAUCCCGGCAAGUACCCUAUUUUUUAUGGUUUUGAUUUGGUUUAUCUGUUCCUUCCCAUCUGCUAUAGCAGGUUCUUUAAUUGCUUAUAAGAAAUGUAAUUGGAAUGAGCACCCAACAAAGACAAACCAAAUUGCAAGACAAAUUCCAUUCCAACCAUGGUAUUUGAAAACGAUCCCAGCCACAUUUUUCGCUGGUAUUUUCCCAUUCGGAUCCAUUGCAGUUGAAUUAUAUUUCAUUUACACUAGUUUGUGGUUUAAUAAGAUUUUCUACAUGUUUGGAUUUUUGUUCUUCUCCUUUUUAUUGUUAACUUUAACUACAUGUCUAGUGACAAUCUUAAUCACUUACCAUUCUUUAUCAUUGGAGAAUUGGAAAUGGCAAUGGAGAAGUUUUAUUGUUGGUGGUGUGGGUUGUGCAGUCUAUGUUUUCAUUCAUUCCAUUUUGUUUACUAAAUUUAAGUUAGGUGGGUUUAUCACUAUAGUUUUAUAUGUUGGUUAUUCUGCAUUGAUUUCUCUAUUGUGUUGUCUAGUCACUGGUUCAGUUGGUUUUAUUAGUAAUAUGUUUUUUAUUAGAAAGAUCUAUUCAUCUAUUAAAGUUGAAUGA